AUGUUCUUCAGCAAGACCAUCGCUCUCUUCCUCGUGGCUGCCGCCCCCCUAGCCUUCGGUCUCCCAGCCGAGGAGAGCGCCCAGGACGACUACUGGGCCCAGUUCUGCGACGACGACGCCUGCACUCAGGGCUGCGGUGAAUCUGUCCGCGUGUCCAACCCGGGCUGCCUCAACGAGUCUGGCCGCAAGUCCAUUCUAUUCCACGGAUCCGCCGGUGGCGACUACGCCUUGGUCGUCUCCCCCAGCGGAAACUGCCCCUGCCAGAACACUUGCUCUUCCGUCCCUACCGGCAGCACUUGCUGGCCUAUCUCGGAAUACUCUGGCGACAAUUCGUUCCGCUUCAUCUCUGGAAAGUGCGGCAGCAACAACUGCUAG